CCUAUCUGAGCGCAGCCACAGCUGUUUAUCGUUACUGCUGUAUUGAUACUUUGCAGUUACAGCGGCGACUCCACAGGUGUUUUGACGCGCUAGAUCAAUAAUAAAAACUAUUACUAUGCCCGUGACCAACAAUAAAAAGCCCAGUGCGAAAAGAAAACAUGCCGAGGAUCCGCCAACUGCAGCCCCAGCGCCUUCACCUGCCAAAAAGAGAAUGGUAGUCACACCUUGGCGCGACACCACAGAGUUUAGCACCGUGUACGAGUGGUUGUUUGCAAAGCAAACGACGCCCGCAAAUUGUCGCAAGGCUCUCAGCCAGAUGCGAAUAUGGAACCUGCGUCGAGGCAGUCUCUGUCCGGCCUCUGUGCUAGCCACUGCGGUGCUGGUCAAGGCCCAGCUGGAGGAUAAGCAGGGUAGUACCAACAUACAGCCAACGUAUGCCAGCGCCUUUACGCGCUUUUUUAAUUUCAUGUCCUCGAUCAUGCAAAACUACAACAUGAGCAGCAUGUACACCACGGCACGACAGCUCGGCCUGCAGUCCUUCAUCGUAGACUUGAGGCACUUGUGUGCCCAUGGUCAGGAGCUGCCGCCAACGGUGGUGCUACGUCACACAGCUGCACACUGUUUGGAAUGGCUGCGCAACUUUUACUGGCUACCACAGUGCGAGAGCAUGAGCAAUUUGGAUGCCCCGAAGCUGCAGCGAAAGGAUAAGGCGAAAUUUCAAAAUGAGCUGGCAAUUUUGUUUGAGAUGUUUGACCUGGCUUUGGAGUGCCAAUUAAAAGGUGCGCAAAAGCUGAAGUCGGUCAGCAAACUAAAGCCCAGCGCGGAGUUCAACAAGAUACGAGUUUAUUGCUCCACCAGGAAGCUGAAAACUACUAGAGAAAUUAUGGAUACCGUGGUUACUGAGCUGGGAGCAGCUGUAAAACGCCAAACGUCAUCAAUGAAGGAUUUGCUAGACAUAUACAUGGCGGGUAUACUCAAAAUGAACUAUUUCCUUGGUGCUGGCCUUAGCCACAGCGAGGAUGAGGACCUUGUCAUUGAGGCCACCCAGGGUCUUUUUCGGCUGCUGGCCAUGCAGGGUUACAUUGAGAAUUUGUUUGUAGCCUUCGUACAACUGACAGAGAAUUCUAAUGCGGAUGAUGAGAGGCGUCGAGGUGCAAGCUAUUGGGCUACAAAAAUGCUGCAGACUUUCGGCAUGCUGAGCCGCAUGAAGCGUAUGUACAAAGAGGAAUUGGAUAUGAACUCAAAGCUCAAGCCAGUGGAUUUCUCCACACUUAAUAAACCAAAGAUAUCAAAAACUAUGCGAGCGCUGCUCAUUCACUCGGGCGUGGAUCUGACGCUCACAUUGGUUUUUGGCGAGUGUCCAAAAAAGCCGCGCUCUUGGGUAUUUGAGCGAGAGUUUCUCAUGAACAGGCUGGGUCCCUUAAAUAUACACUCAGCCCCCGUCCUUAAAGGUUUGCUGCCGCUUGUGGUCCCGCCACUAACUGAGCAGCUUGAAGACUUCAGCAAACAGAGUAACUUAAAAUUGCAAGACAUAAACGGAGAGCAAAAGAUUAUUACUGACAAUCAGUCUACGGAUAUCACCAAAAACGGGAGUCACCACAAGCCCGAAGAUACUGUUUUUGGCAUUUGGUCGCUAGAGAAAGAUAAAAACUGGUCAAUAUGUGCGCUUGGAGUACUACCUACCACUAUAAAUUGAGUUGAAUACAUUACAAAUCACUUUAUCUUAAGCAUUUGAGCCGAA